AUGGCCUCAAUCAUUUUCGAAGAAGGCACACUGGCCCCUCAUCGCCAGAGAAAGCUUUUGACUCGUAUUGUUGAUGGAAUGGCUAAGCACCGCCCAAAUUCGUUGUAUGCUGAGAUUCCUAAAUCUCUAACUAGCUAUGAAGAUGGCUUCCAAAAAGUCACCUAUGCCAAUCUUGCUAAUGUCAUCAACGGAUUAGCACAUUGGAUUUAUCAUACACUAGGUCCUGGAGAAAACUUUCAGACAUUGGCGCUCUUUAACACGCUUCCCCCAUUUCAUGGGGGUGGUCUUUUCGCCUCAUUAUUAGGUGCACUUCACAACCAGAGCUUGGUAAUAUACCCUCUAGUUGGUGUUCCUCCAUUCGCAAAGCUUGUGGUGGAUGGAUUGCGGUAUACCAAAGCUGACUGUGUUCUUCUUGCACCGCCGUUCGUUGAAGAGGUCGGAAAGAAUUACGAGCUACUCAAUUUCCUUGCGAAAAGCGUGGAUUAUUUAAUGUACGCAGGUGGUGAUGUGUCGCAAGUUGCUGGAGAUAAGAUCUCAGAGCGCGUAAAGCUCUUCAUGGUUAUAGGCUCUACUGAGAGUGGAGUGAUUCCGAAUAUACGACCUGCAAGGCAAUGGCCAACGAAAGACUGGAAAUAUUUUUAUUUCAACCCUCAUGCAGGCAUUGAUUUUAGACACCAAUCCGACAAUCAAUACGAAGCUGUGAUUAUUCGAGAUCCAGUACUCGAGAAGAGGCAGCCAGUGUUUUCUGUGUUUCCUGAAUUAGAUGAAUGGGGUACGCACGAUUUAUAUAGUCCCCAUCCGUCAAUUCCUGAUAUUUGGGCUUACUCUGGCCGAAGUGAUGAUAUCAUAGUCCUCCUGACAGGAGAGAAGACCAAUCCUACCACUAUGGAACAGACCAUCUCGCACCAUCCUGAAGUCCAAGCAGCAUUAGUUGCGGGUACAGCUCGUUUUCAGACAGCGUUGCUUAUUGAAUUAGUGCCUUCGCAAAAUGCCAAAAAACUUUCCACGGUAGAAAGAGCCCAUGCUAUUGAGAGAAUCUGUUACGAAAACUCAUAUAUUGUUUACGACCCCGGAAAAGCCAAUGGAAAGACUGGCAAGGGGACCAUCCAAAGAAAGCCAACUUUAGAUUUUUAUUCUGAGGAACUAGGUAAAUUGUACGCAGAUGCCGAUAAAAUGUCGACUUCGGCACCAGUAGACAUCUCUCUUCCACAGGACGGGGUCGACCUGACCGAUAGCAACUCGAUUGCUCUGUUCAUUCACAAUAUCAUCGCACAGCUCACAGGCAACGAAAAUUUCCAAGACGGUGAUGAUCUAUUUGCCCAUGGUAUGAUGGAGUCUUUGCAAGCACUCCGUUUGACGCGAGUAUUGAAACAGACUUUCGGAUUCCCGGAUUUCGAUAUCAGUACUGUGUACUCCAGUCCAUCAAACAAAGAAUUAUCCAGCGAAAAAUCGAGACAACAUACAAUAAGCCAGGUUCUUCAUGAAUACAAAUUGUGUAUUGAUGAAUUCAAAACUCGACGUGUUUCACCCCUCGAAAGAUUCGACGCUCUGAACAGCGGGUUGUUGCCCUUACCGGUUCCACCGGUUCGAUUGGGUGUUAUAUUCUGCAAACUCUUCUGCACUCAGAUUGGAAGGAGUAAGGGGCAUGGUCUUGAAACAGAAUUUCCCACAGAUCGUGUUACAUUCCUAGCAGUUGAUCUCUCUAAGAAGAACUUGGGUCUUGACUUCAAGAUCUACAAAGAGUCGCAAGAAUCAGUGACUGACAUAAUUCAUAACGCUUGGACUGUCAAUUUCAAUCUACCACUUACAGCCUUUCGGCCAAAUAUCGAAGGUGUCAUCAACCCUGCAUCUUUCGCUGUUUCUGCAGCUCAAUUACCAUCUUUGAUGUUUCUUUCAUCUGUGAGCUCUAUCGCGCGGUUUCAAAGACUGCCGACCACUCCCGAAUCCAUCAUUGACGAUGUUUCGGCGUCGCUUGCCAUGGGUUACGCUGAGAGUAAAUAUAUCACAGAGCAUUUGCUUGACUACACGGCCAAAAAAUAUCCAGCACUUUUGAUACAGAUAGCAAGGAUCGGGCAAGUGGCGGGGCCCGUCAGCACACGUGGUUCGUGGAACAGGCAAGAGUGGCUCCCUCGUCUGGUCCUGACUUCAGUGCAAUUGGGCAUCAUUCCCGAAUCUCUUGAUGCAACGAAAGAAGCUGAAGUCGAUUGGAUACCACUUGAUAUACUUGCCAGCGUGCUUGUAGAAUCUUGUCUGUGUGACUCUGACUCUAGCUCUACCUCUGGCUCUGAUUCUGGCUCUGGCUCUGGCUCUGGCUCUGUUGAAGAUGCUGGUGCAAAAGUCUUUCAUCCUACAAAUCCAGUGCUCACAUUUUGGAAAUCAUUGAUCUCUGCAAUUGAAAGAAGCCAGGACAAAUCUAUCAAGCCGAUCCCAUUCACUUUAUGGAUUGAGCAAGUCAAAAGAGAAGCGGAAAAACCAGCCGAUGCGACUAAGCUUGAAGACCAAUUGGUUGAUAUUCCAGCUUUGAAGGUGAUGCCAUUCUAUGAAGGUUUGGCCAAAGGAAAGGGAGCGCCGCGUUUAGACAAUGAUAGAGCAAUGAAAUGA